AUGGCAGAAUCUAAACCAGAACAAAGUGCCUGUCAAUCAGUGGAAGAAGUAAAAGCCCCAAAUUUGAUGGAAAGAGCAAAAGAAGAGGUCACAGCAAUUGCUCAUACUGAUAGGUCUCCAAAACAUCAUAUAGAAACUCAUGGGACAAGUGAUGAUAUUGAUGAAAACACAAAACCUGAGGAAAUCAAAGGUCCUAGUGUUUUUCAAAGAGCUAAAGAAGAAAUUGAAGCACUAGUUGAAGCAAUUCAUCCAAAGAAAGAAUCAUCAUCAUCUGAUGAUCAUUCGAAGAAAGAUGGCGGUGGUUUCUUUGCUUCAAUUGGGAGGAGUUUGGAGAAAGUUUGUUCACCUAAAGGGAAGAAAACUUAA